AUGACCCUUAAUUGGGGAUUGACUUUGUUUUUGUCUCUGUCAGAUGUGAAUGAAUGUGAGGAGAAGAACGGAGGUUGUGAGGACGUUUGCUGUAACACCAUUGGAAGUUUCUACUGUAGGUGUCAUCCUGGUCACACGCUGAACGAAGAUAGCAAGUCCUGUCAGGAUAUCAACGAGUGCCAGGUUCAUAACGGAGGCUGCCAGCACAGAUGUGUUAACACCAGAGGCUCCUAUUACUGCGAGUGCUACCCGGGCUCUCGCUUACAUGUGGAUGGACGCACCUGCCUCACCAUCUAUUCAUGCUCCAUUGGCAACGGAGGAUGUGAACACUACUGCGUGCAGCAGACCGCCGCUCAUUUCCGCUGUCGCUGCAAGUCGGAUUACGUGCUGGCAGAAGAUGGCAAACACUGUAAAUUGCAGAAUCCCUGUGCAGAAAACAAUGCAGGCUGCAUGCAUGUAUGUCGGGUCGAAGACGGCACGGCUAGCUGUGACUGUAACGCUGGCUACGUGCUGGCAGAAGACCGUAAGACGUGUGAAGAUAUUGACGAGUGUGGCACAGAAGAGAGCAGCUGUGCUCAUGGCUGCCGCAACACACUGGGUUCUUACGUGUGUGUGUGCAACACUGCCUAUGAGCUGGGAUCUGAUGGAAAACAGUGCUACAGAAUCGAGAUGGAGAUCGUGAACAGCUGUGAAAACAAUAACGGUGGCUGUUCCCACCGCUGCCAACAUUCAACUGGGGGUCCCGUCUGCUCCUGUAACCAUGGUUAUGGACUAGAUGCAGACCUGAAAACAUGUGUUGACGUAGACGAGUGCGUCGCGCAAAGCUCCUGCUGUGAGCAGAACUGCAACAACUACCCCGGAGGUUAUGAGUGCUACUGCUCAGCGGGGUACAGGCUCAAUGCUGACGGGUGCAGCUGUGAUGAUGUAGACGAGUGUCUGGCAGAUAACGGCGGCUGCGAUCACACAUGCCAGAACAACGCUGGUUCUUUCCAGUGUUUGUGCCAUCGGGGCUUCCGCCUAGAUGAUGAUCGAACCUCCUGCGUGCCACUUGAAGAUGCCUUCGAGGCCUUGUCCAGCGGAAGCACCCUUGAGCUUCCUCUUGCUCGGCCUCAGCUCACCUUACUGCAGGACUACAGCGAGCCUCUGGAGCGCUAUGAUGACUAUGAAGACGAUGAAAGCGAGCUGAGGGCCGAGAGCACCCUGACUGAAAAAUUUGUCUGUUUGGACGACACUUUUGGCAGUGAUUGCAGUUUGACAUGUGACGACUGCUCACACGGCGGAAGAUGUAACCUUUGGAAGAAUGGCUGCGACUGUGCUGAUGGAUGGAUGGGAAUCAUCUGUAACCAGACGUGCCAGGAGGGGUAUUUUGGCAAAAACUGUUCCUUUGCCUGCAAAUGUAAAAAUGGUGCCAGCUGUGACCCCGUCACUGGGAGAUGCCGCUGCCCUCCUGGAGUCAGUGGGGAGUUUUGCCAGGAUGGUUGUCCUAAAGGCUUCUACGGGAAACAGUGCAAUAAGAAGUGUAACUGUGCCAAUAACGGACACUGCCACCGGACAUAUGGAGCGUGUCUGUGUGAUCCUGGACUCUAUGGACGCUUCUGCCACCUCCCUUGUCCUAAGUGGACUUUUGGACCCGGCUGUUCUGCAGAGUGUCAGUGCAUCCAGCGGAACACUCUGGAGUGUCACCGUCGCCAUGGCGCCUGCAUCUGUAAACCCGGCUAUAAGGGCGACAGCUGCAGCGAAGAAUGUGACCCGGGCACUUAUGGGCCGGGCUGUGAGAAGAAAUGUUCCUGUCCACCAGGAGGGACGUGUGACCAUUUGACAGGCCAGUGCCAGACAAAGUGUCCUCCUGGUCGUCAAGGGAAGAAAUGUGAUGAAGACUGUCCACAGGGACACUUUGGCACUGGCUGCACCCAGGCUUGUAAUUGCACGGGUGCUCCUUGCGACAGAGUGACGGGACGAUGCGAGUGCCCAGCGGGGACGUCUGGAACACGCUGUGAGGAGUUGUGUCAGGAUGGCUUCUGGGGUCCCGGCUGCACGCAAACCUGCCCCGCCUGCCACAACGGAGGAGUGUGUGAUAAACACAACGGGUCAUGUGACUGCCCACCGGGCUUCAUGGGCCAGCUCUGCCAGAACUCGUGCCCAUCUGGACAUUUCGGUAAGGGAUGCCAAAUGAAAUGUGUGUGUGAAAACAGCGCUCAGUGCGACUCCGUGAGUGGGCGGUGCAGCUGCCCUCCAGGGUGGACUGGACACAACUGCAGGAAAGCCUGUGACACAGGCCGCUGGGGAGUGGACUGCGCGCAGACAUGCGAGUGUAGAAACGGAGAUGGCAGCUGCGACGCUGUGACGGGCCGGUGCAUCUGUGAGGCCGGGCACACUGGACCACAGUGCCAUCAGAAAUGCCCAGCGGGUACGUUUGGUCUCGGCUGCAGCCGCCGAUGUCAGUGUGACAACAUGGCCUUGUGCGACCACGUGAGUGGAGCUUGUAACUGCCAGGUGGGAUGGACCGGAACCUUCUGUGAAAAGCCUUGUCCUGGGGGUUUCUACGGGAUGGACUGCCAGCAGAAAUGUCUGUGUCAGAAUGGCGGGAGCUGUGACCACAUCAGUGGUGUUUGUUCGUGUUCUGCUGGUUGGACCGGACCGUUCUGCAGCCUGGUGUGCCCAAAGGGUUUCUACGGGGACGGAUGUAACCAAACCUGCAGCUGCCAUAACGAUGGCAUCUGCCACCCGGUCAGUGGGCAGUGUGCGUGCACGCCAGGCUGGACUGGACCCAACUGUACAGAAGAAUGCCCCGCAGGCUUUUAUGGAGCCAACUGUCGUCAGCGUUGUUUGUGUCAGAAUGGAGCAAUCUGUAACAAGACAAGUGGAAAGUGUCAGUGUGCUGGCGGCUGGAUGGGCGGAGCCUGUGAGCUGGAGUGCCCAGCGGGCCGAUACGGAGCAGACUGCCAGCAGCGGUGUGACUGUCAGAAUGGUGGUCAGUGUGAAAGACAGACUGGACAGUGCAGCUGUGGUGCCGGCUGGAUUGGAGAGCGCUGCGAGAAAGCAUGUGAAGCCGGUCGGUUUGGAGCAGUCUGUGCAGAGAGAUGUCGGUGUGAGCGCGGUGCUACGUGCCACCACGUCACUGGAGAGUGUCGCUGUCCCGCGGGAUGGAGGGGAAGACUUUGUGACAAAGCAUGUUUUCCUGGUACGUAUGGUGACGGCUGCUCUCAGCACUGCAGCUGUCCUCGGGGAAUGUCCUGUCACCACGUCUCUGGAGACUGUGGUUGUCCUUCCGGAUUCACCGGUACCGGCUGCGAACAGGUCUGUGUUGAAGGAACUUACGGGGAGAACUGUAACCAGGUCUGCCGGUGCUCAGAGACAAACCAGCUCUGCCACCCAGUGUCUGGAUCAUGUUACUGCGCUCCAGGUUUCCGUGGCUCCAAAUGUGACCAAACAUGUGGAGAAGGUCGUUAUGGCCCCAGCUGUGAAAGGGAGUGUCAGUGCAAAAACGGUGGGCGGUGCAUUCCUACCACUGGCACCUGUGAGUGUCCAGCUGGAUUUAUCGGCGCUUACUGCAACCUCACAUGUCCAGCUGGGUGUUACGGUGUAGACUGUGCUCAGGUGGCACUGUGUGCAGAUGGGGCCAAGAAUGAUGCUGUCACUGGUCAAUGUGUGUGCCCCUCUGGACGGACAGGACACGCCUGUGAACACAGCUGCCCUCCAGGCCGGUUUGGGGACCAGUGCGUUGGCCGCUGUAGCUGUAACAAUGGAGGGGUGUGUGACUCUGUAACCGGCGCCUGCACCUGUGGUCUGGGCUGGACUGGUGCACGCUGUGACAAAGAAUGCCCUGCAGGCAAAUUUGGUGCUGACUGCCUGCUAACAUGUAACUGUCAGAAUAACAGCACUUGUGACAGGGUGACAGGAGCGUGUCAGUGUGGUCCAGGGUACUAUGGACACGCAUGUGAACACGCCUGUCCGCCUCUUUUUUUCGGGUCGAUGUGCCAGCUGUGGUGCGACUGCAUGAAUGGCGCCUCUUGCCACCCUGUGUCCGGCCAGUGCGCCUGUCCUCCAGGUUACCAAGGCGAUCACUGUCAAAAAGUGUGCGAGCUGGGUACCUAUGGUCACGGCUGUACCAAACUGUGCGACUGUGAGGACGAUGCACCAUGUGAUCACGUGACUGGACAAUGUCUCUGCUCUUCAGGAAAGACUGGGUCCAGAUGCAACAUCGACUGCAGCCCAGAUCACUACGGGCCAGACUGUGGGCAGAGCUGUAGCUGUGAGAACGGGUCACAGUGUGACCGUCGGAGCGGCCGCUGCACCUGCCUGUACGGCUAUAUCGGACCCUCCUGUCAGGAAGACGGAGCCCUGCACGUAGACUACAGGAGCAGCAGGGGAGAAUCGCACCAUGACAACUCAUUAUAGUAGCUCCUGAGACAGUUUUUACUGCAGACUACGGCAGGUGAACGUGUGGGACAGGACGCCGUAAUGAGCAGCUGAACCCCUUCAUGGAAAAAGACUCUAAGGAGAAACAUGAUUCCAUGUUUGGACGAGAGCUGCACCAGAGUCCUACAAACUAUUUACGUUACACCUGAACUUUUUCUGUCCGACUGUAACCAAAUGCCUCAAGUCUUCAAGAUGCAUGUUUCUUACAAGACAAACAAACCUGAAAUGUGUUUUACAGUAAUUAAUGGUCUUCUGUAUUUUCAAAUUGUCUAUGAAAUAUUUGUAGGUGCUUUAUGUAAAUUAAUUGCCUCUAAUUUUGUAUGAAAACAUAUCUGAAGAAUGAUGGAA